UAGAAUGAGCCAGGGAGACUCAAAUCCAGCAGCAGUUCCACAUGCCGCUGAAGAUAUUCAGGGAGAUGACAGAUGGAUGUCACAGCAUAACAGAUUUGUCCUCGACUGCAAAGACAAGGAGCCCGAUGUGCUGUUUGUGGGUGACUCCAUGGUGCAGUUGCUACAGCAAUACGAGAUCUGGCGCGAGCUUUUCUCACCGCUUCACGCACUGAACUUUGGGAUAGGUGGGGACACAACAGGACAUGUUCUAUGGAGGCUGAAGAAUGGUGAACUGGAGAACAUUAAGCCUAAGGUCAUCGUUGUCUGGGUUGGAACAAAUAACCAUGAAAACACAGCAGACGAAGUAGCAGGCGGAAUCGAGGCCAUCGUGCGGCUGAUAAAUACCCAACAGCCACAGGCCAAAAUUAUCGUGCUGGGCCUGCUACCUCGAGGCGAGAAGCCAAACCCUCUGCGGCAGAAGAAUGCCAAGGUGAACCAGCUGCUAAAGGCCUCACUCCCCAAACUCCCCAACGUCCAGCUCCUGGAUGUCGACAUGGGCUUUGUGCACUCAGACGGCACCAUCUCAUGCCACGACAUGUUCGACUUCCUGCACCUGACGGGAGGGGGCUACGCAAAGAUCUGCAAACCCCUCCAUGAACUGAUCAUGCAGCUACUGGAGGAGACCCCGGAGGAGAAGCAAGCCGCUCUGGCCUGACCAGCUAGCAUCAGUGUUAACAUCAUCCCAGCCCCAUCACUGGCACUACAGAAUCCUUCUUUCUUAAAGCACUUUCCAUUGUAGAAUGUUACCGGAUGUUCAUAUCUAGUGUUUUGACGGGGAGGGCUAAUGUCACACUGGUCUUGUACAUAAGGGCAGGGCUGAUUUGUUUUACUGCAGGAGGAAAUUCACCGAAGAAGAAUUUUACUUUUAAACCAUUCCUCAUUCAAAAUGGGAACAACACAGUCACCUCUGUGCCCCUCGCGUGCGGUAUUGCUCCAUGGCUGCCCUAGAACCCUGUCAGUCUGUAAUAACCAUGCACAGCUCGUGGCUUAGCCUGCCCUGCCUUAGGGAUUGUGCUCUGUGUAAUUAGCUUGUGAACCAGAAUCGCAUUCCACCUGCUAAACACAAAACCGCUGCAUUUUUUUCAAAAACAGUUUCCAUCUUUUAAAAUUGUCUUUACUAGAUCUUUUCCUUCCUUCCCGACCCCACUCCCCCUCCAAUUAUGCUUGUUGCUUUCUGGCUCUUUCUUUUUGAGGCAGUAUAAAAUCCAAUGUAACUGGAAUUCAGAUAUGUGAAAAAGCAAAGCAUUAGCUGAACUGAACUCAUUUAACACUCCCCUGAUAUCGUUCAUGUGCUUAUUUCACCUUGUCUGUGGCAAACUUCAUUCCAUUGUUGCUUCAUCUAUGGGCAGUCUUGUUUGGGUGCUGCUGGAUAUCAUGUCUCCCCUAGACCAUGACUCUAAUAGAACUUGUUCUUUGUUCUCAUUUGUGUCCACUGUUGCCAGCUGUUACUAGUCCUUGGGAUAGGAGCCUCAUUUUCCAGUACAUGUCAUGCAGCCCCGUCAUUGCCCCAGAAGUGUAAAACUGACGUUUUGCCCGCUGUGAUGCCUGUGCCACAGGACUCGGCAGUGCUGUUCACGUUCAUGGUUCUGUUUUUUUAAGCAUGACUGUUACACCUCUUUCUUAAAGAAAAGGUCCAGGUGCAGCUACCCCCUUUGCAAGGUCUGAAUCAGUCUAAAGCUUUACAAGUUCUAAGGUGUAUAUUUCUUUAUUGCGUCUAUUUUACUUGUACAAACAUUUUAUUCAAGCAGCCAAGGCCUUUUACAGUAAAAAAUUGAGUCGAGAUGUAGCCUCUUCCUCUCCUGGGUGCUGCCUUCCCCCUUCCCACCCCCCUCCAGCCAAGAGAGCCAGUGUGGAGAGUGGCCUGCUCACAGGGACUCUGUCUUGCUACAGGUGUUUUUUUUAUAAGAGGGUUAAUUAUAGUUUGUUAAUGACGAUAUACAACCUUCUUUCAUUUAACGGUGAAUGGAAAACUCUUUUGCUUCUCAAUAAGAAACUGUCUGAGACCCCAAAUGCAGAGCCCUCGCGCUUAAAAAUAAAAUCCUUUUAAACAAAGUUUGUUCUUCCUUGACUUACCUACCAGAGCUGGAGCUCAGCAGUGCUGUUAACCCACCGAACGGGUCACAUCACAGCUAGCUAACAUACAGCAGCCAAUGCAGAACUUUGCACUGCCUUCAGUGCUAGUAAAGUCUGCAGCCUUGAACUGUCAGGGUGGUUGGUGGCAGGUAAAUUGAAGAGGAACUGAUUUUUGUUUUAAAAUUCUUUUUUAAACAGGAGUUCCAUUCACUGUCCUCAGUAACAGGAGAAUGGGUUAUUUAGCCAUCUAGGUUGUUCUCUCUACCCCACACCGAAAGGUAUGUAGGUACUGUAUAUAGCCUAACUGUGUGCGCCCUUUUAUUAUAAGAAAGGGUUCUCUUGUUUAAUGCAGGCUCUAAUCUAGCAUUAAGAAAUCCAUUCAUGUCCCAGUUAUGCUCCCCUGCUCCUGUAGAGUUGGUCAUAGCAGGGUUUCUGUCUGGAUUGCAUGCAUAAUGUGUAUUUUGUUUCCCAUGUAUGUAGCCUACACACAGGUUUGACGAAUAGGCUGAAACUUCCACUUCCCAGGACACAAGGUGGUGGCACUAGUGUGGUCUCGCCUCCCCAGCCCAGCUGGGGCUGGGGGAGUAUGCCAGGGGCCUGUUCCACCAGUGUGUUGAGCAGUGCUGCUACCAUUCCCCCUCCUGCAGCUCUGUGGAUAGGCUCUUAAGGGAUCGUUCUUCGGUCCUUUGACAGGGUAGAAGUCCCAGUGCAAGAGCUGGGCAAUAAGGAGGAAGAAAGUGAGUGAAAUGUUGGGAAGGCAGGGGGCUUGGUCCUGCCCCAGCUAGGGGGAGGGGAGACAAUCCAGGUUCCUGGUCCACAAAUCCUGUGGGGUUUGAGGCUAGAGUGAAGAGGCAUCAGGCUGAUUUGAUUUUACACAAAUACCUCUUCCCUUGGUGUUGCUGCAUUGGUGAAACAGCUGCCAUUUGGCAAUGUGUUCUUCAAUAAGCACUGACCUCUUGCCAGUGAACCAUCCUCACGACUGAGGCUGCAUUCGGUGGCAAGCCAGAGGUUGGAGGGAGGCAGGGUUGGCAGAUUAGCAAGUCCUUUGGGUAACGAGUGAGCAGCUCAGACGGCUCUCAGCACUCAGGCAGGGCUUGCUAGGGUGCCGUGCUCUUUACUUCACUGCCCUCCUCAUCUCCAGUCUGCACGGACCACCUCCAGUGCGUGCAGCCAUGCGUGAGGCUCUAGAAAAGGAGAGUUGCGUUCCCUUAUCUGGGACCCCGAGGCUGCUGUUCUGUUCCUGCCGCAGAAGUGACAAGACCACAUCCCCAAGUGCAUGUUCCGAGGGGAGGGUCAGGCAGAAUAUUUUUGUAUCCAAACGAGCCUGAUUGUGAGAUGUGUAGAGCGUCUGCUGCUUCAGCUGUAGGUGACUGCUCUGGGGAGCAAGUCUAGAGACUGCUGGUGGGAGCUGCCUGUGCUUAGCCAUUACGAAUUCUUCCCUUGUACCCGGCUGGCUGUGAAAGAACCAGCCUUUUCUGAACGUCUGUUGUUUUCCUCAGUGAGCUCGUUGCGGUUUACAGUUGUCUGCUGAAGCCUGGAAUCGCGCCUGUGCUGUGGUGUGUGAGCAUUGCCAAUUUUAUAUUUAUUGCAGUAAAGAAAAUGCAAAGGAAAGGCUGAGAGGAGAGAGUCCUGGCCUUGCGUGCAGGUGCAAGCAGAGGCCUCCAGGCCCAGGGUGGGGACCUCGAAGGCUGAAAGCUCGCAGUGUGCAGCCCUGAUCUGCGGUGACCAUCAAGCCGGGGGGCCCUGCCGCGCCGCUGGGCACUGACGGAACCUUCCCCAGGAUAAGUUUUGAUUCUGCUUUGGCAAAAAUGCAUUGACUGGUAGAAUUCACUCUGUUUAGUGCAUAUUUCAAUAUAAAUGUAAAUGUUUCACCCCA